CAGUGCUGAGAGCACCGGAGAAACAGCGGAGGAGAAGCAGCCGCUAACCGGGAGAGAAGGGGAAGAAAGGAGGAGAUCAGACAAAGGAGAGCACCCGCUAUAAAACUGGGGAAAAACUAUAAAACUAUGUUCUGUUGCACAAUGGGCCAGAAAGGAGAGAGACCUUAGUUGGAAGAAGCAAGGGGAGAAAUCUCUAGGACCAAUGGAAGAAUAGAAAGAAGGUGUGAGGAAUCACCUGGGACUGACAAGUGUUGCCUGGGGGUUAUAUCAGCAAAAGUUCCUGAUCUACACAAGUGGCAAAGAUCCACCUCCACUGACAACUGGUGGGAAGAAGGAUAAAAGUGAUGUCCCUGGAACAAGACAACUUUUUUUAAUACUUUGCUGGUGGUCCAGAAAUAAGACUCUUUGGAAAAAGAAACCAAGACAGGAAAAACAUCUUAACUUUCUUCAUCCAGUUGCCUGCAUGAGAGACCUGAGUUCUAAGAAAGAAAAAAAUACCAGUCAUCUUUUCAGGAUAAAUUGUACAUUUAUUGGGCUGAGAACAGUUCUUUGUGGAGUGCCUGGAGCUGUGAUUUGAACACUUCAUUGAUACUGUUUUGCACUUUGGAUCGUGAGCAUGAGUGAGUUCUGGUUGUGUUUCAAUUGCUGUAUUGCCGAGCAGCCUCAGCCUAAAAGGAGACGGAGGAUUGACCGAAGCAUGAUAGGCGAGCCGACAAACUUUGUCCACACAGCUCAUGUAGGAUCAGGUGACCUGUUCAGUGGAAUGAAUUCAGUUAGCUCCAUACAGAACCAAAUGCAAUCCAAGGGAGGUUAUGGAGGUGGAAUGUCUUCCAAUGUCCAAAUGCAGCUUGUAGACACAAAGGCGGGAUAACCUUGGGAGCCCUUCCAGUUCAUGUGAAUUUCCAUAUCCCUUCUUUCUACUGUUUUGUUUUUGUUUAUUUGGAGUUUUUUGGUUUUUAGAAUUGUUUUGGUUUGGGAUUGGGGGGAGGGGAGGGGACCCUUGAGACUACUUUCCAUGCUUAUUUUAAGAAAGAAAUGUGAUGGGACCUUGUUCAACCUCUUGUGAUUACUCCAGUGAAAAGUUACUGUUAUGCUCCAAAGAAGCUGUUUGUAAAGUGGAUCUUGUCAUGCCUUCCUCUGGCAUGCAUGUGUUUGGCUUCUACCAAAAUAAUUGAUAAGUAAUAGACUGGGUUGUGAUUUUAUAUUUUAAACAUUUUUCAAGUUUGAAUGAAUAGGCAACUGAUUUUAGCAUGACCUUUUUCUCUAAUCACUACUAUACAGCAUUAGUUUGCCAAUUUUUUCAUAAAAAAAGAAACCUUUUCUGUCUCCACCACCCUUCUUAACUGUAAUUUCAGGUCCCAAGCAUGACAUGUUAUCAUUUUUUAUUUAUAUAUUUGGGGAAAGUCUGGGACCCACAAGCACAAUGACUGUUUUCCCAUUUGUUUGAAGCCUGGCAAAGUCAAUGUCUGGCUUUAGGAAAUUGCCUCUUUGGUGCCAGAAAUAAUUUGCUGCAGCUGAUGUUGCUGCUAGUGGAGAAAAUUUAAGUAUGGCGCUACAAUGAUAUCCGUAUCACCGAAAAAGAUAACUUGUUACCUAGCUGCUUUAAAACAAUGUCCCUUUUAGUUCUAUUUGAUCUUGAAAUAAAACAAAAGCUUGCAUUCAUAAGACAUUCUGUUGUAAAUGUUUAGUAUAUUUAUUUUAAGAGAACUGACCUCAAGAUUGUAAACUAGUAUAGUAACAUAUGUAAAUAACAUAUGAUAGUACUUUCAUCCAGUCAGUUUUCAAGUGGUGUUGCUCUAGCUGCACGUUUCUUUUUCCUUCUCUUCCUUUUUUGUUUUUUAUGUUGACUCUUAGACUGUCCUUCAGCAGAAUGUUGAACUGCCUAUCUGUGUUAUUAAUAGCAGUUCAGUAGACCUCUCAACAUAGUUGGCAGGUUUUUUUUUCUAAGUGUUUCCAGGCCAUGUUAAGUUGCUAAUGGCAACAUAUUGACCUGGCAGAACAGAAACUAUUGAAAACAACUUACAGGGUGAUUUUUAACUGUUGGUAAGAAGCCUUUUGCUCAGGUUCCAAAGCAUGUUCAUCUUUCACAAAUUGUAAAAAGUAAAUUUUAAUAUUGCACUAUCUCCAAAUCCUAGAAAUGGUUCCUUUCCCAUCCCUUAUCCCAACUCCUUCUCAUCAUGGUCGUCUUAAAACAAAGUCAAUGAUUUGAUUCUCUGUUGAUUUUUUUUUUUAAAUCAUGUGCACAAUUCAUUGCUAUCCAUGUUUGUCUGGUAGUUAUCUAGCAAUAGGGCAAAACUGAGCUUAACCAGAGUGCCACGAACAAGUUGGAAAUUAAACACGCAGAGAAGUAAAUUUUUAUACUGUAUUCAUAUUUCCCCUUCACCUAAACCUCAGUUACCUCUGAAACAACAAAUUAAAUAAGUGCUAGAUGUGUGAAGGCCCUACGCAGUAUCUUUUCCCUGGUAAUUUAUUUAAAUUGAUUCACUGGAAAUGAAGUAGCCAUCCAAUUAUAUUUCCAUACUUACACUCUAUAUGCAGAGUGGUCACAUGCAGUGUAUUUGGUUAAGAGAACCAGAUGGUUGAUUCUUUGGAUUCAUGAUUUCAAAUGGUCCCCAAGACCUUUCCAUUAAUAUUUUAUUUGGUAGAAUUUGACAUGAGAAAAUCAUUGCCUUUAAUGACAUUUUUUGGAAAGAGCAAUCUUGCAUUUAUUUGAUUUGAUGAUCCAGUUGUCCAUCUAUGCAUACCCCACUGACCCUGGUAAUUUUCCAUAGCACUGUUUGGCACACUCAGCUCUGCUGUGUAUCAUCAUUCCCUACAGUGUUAUCAGAGUGUGUGCACUUUAAAAGAGUGAUGCUUUUUGCAACAGGUAAUAGCUACAUUCCAGCUACUCUGCUUCUACUGUUUCUUUUACAAGUCCUGUUGAAAUCCUUCAGAUUCUCAUAAAGCAUACUGCAUCAAGUGCAGUACUAUCUGGGCAAAAGGCUGCCACUUGGGCAGGGUGAGCAGCACUAGCAGCAGAUCUUGCCCCUCCCGGAGGGUUGAAUUAGAACAGCAGGAGGAGCCAGGUCUCUACAGUCAUUGUCCUCUUCAAAAUCAUAGGUUUUCUUCCUUUGACGUCAAGAUAGGCAUUUGGGUCAAUCUUCCCUCCUCUUCCUGUUGUUGUUUAGUCAUGUCUGACUCCUCUUGACCCCAAUUUGGGGUUUUCCUGGCAAAGAUACUAGAGUGGUUUGCCAUUUCCUUCUCCAGCUCAUUUUACAAAUGAGGAAACUAAGGCAAACAGGGUUAAGUGACUUGCCCAAGGUCACACACUUAGUAAGUGUCUGAGGCCACAUUUAAACUCAGGUCCUCCUGACUACAGACCCUGUCACUCUCUCCACUGCCCUAGCUUCUCACAGAGCCAUUCUUAACUAAAAGAAAUAAUUGUUCCAGAAGACAUGAUGGGAGCUUCCAUUGAUAAGCGAGAACCGAAUUUUUUACUCCUUAGCUUUCUAAACUGCUGUAUGGCCUCUCCAGUGAUACUAUUGAAAUAAUAUGUAUGUUUGUCACAGGGAGGAGAUUACAAUUUAAUCAUGUGAUCAAAAAACUCCCUAAAAUGUUGAGCCACACUUUCUGGAAUUUUUUGAUACCUAGGAGGAAAAAUUAGAAGCAUUAUAAAGUUUUGGGGCUGGCUUUAACUAAUUGGUUAAUUAAUUAAAAGUUUUAAUGCAUUUUAAAAGUUGAUUUAAUUAUGUCUAAGGGAUAAACAGUUCUCCUGUGGUAAAGCCUUUCCUUUUAAAAUAGAAGCUAAUAAAAAAAAAGAGUCCAUUUACCCAGAAUAUAGUUUCUAAUCAACUUUAAUGAAAUGCAUUUAUUUUUUAAAUUGGGGAAUAACAGUUAACUCACAUGGUAUCUGACAACAAUGAUUCGGGCUUGAAAUGGUGCCAAUAUAUGGAAAGCAGAAUUAUUAUGGCUCAGUGAUUGAGAGUGUGUUGGGGGAAGGGGAGUUCAAAAAGGGAAGCCAGCAUUUCCGACACAAUUUUUGUCAUUGGGCCUUUGGAAAAAAUGUUUUGUGAUUAUAAUUUUUUUUUUCCUUUUGACAUCAAUUAUCAACUGAAGCAGAUUCAAAACUUGCUCUCAUCAGAUGUCCUCUAGAGGCUCAGCAUACAGAAAAAAAAAUCAGGAUAUUUUUAUAACAUACUUUAUAGCACUCUUUCUUUUUGUAAACUAUGUCCAUUCUUGAAUAAUGUCAUUCCCAUGUUGGCUUGUAGAUAUUAAAAUGAAAGUAAUGACUUUGAUUCAAUAAAUGUUUUCUUUUGGUU